UCUGCUCAGACAGUGGGAAUGGGUUCAGUCGGUCAUUUCAACUGAAGGUACAUCAGAUGGAUCUCCAUGGGGAAGGCCAUUCACCUGUUCUGUGGGUGAGAAUGGAUUGAGACGGUCUUCCUGUCUGUUGGAUACGCCAGUCAGUGCACAUUGAAUUUGUGGGGAAGGAUUCACUCAGUCAACUGACCUAAUGGCUCUACAGCGAGUUCACACCGGGGAGCGGCCGUUCACCUGCUCAGACUGUGGGAAGGGAUUCACGUUGUCAGCUCAUCUGCAAGCACACCAGUCAGUUCACACUGGGGAGAGGCCAUUCACCUGCUCGGACUGUGGGAAAAGAUUCACUUCAUCAUCUCAACUUAAGAUACAUCAGCGAGUUCACACUGGGGAGAGGCCGUUCACAUGCUCGGACUGUGGGACAGGAUUCACAUUGUCAACUCACCUACUGAGACACCAUUCAGUUCACACUGGUGAGAGGCCGUUCACCUGCUCAGACUGUGGGAAAAGAUUCACUUUGUCAUCUCAACUUAAGGUACAUCAGCGGGUUCACACUGGGGAGAGGCCGUUCACUUGCUCAGACUGUGGGAAGGGAUUCACUCAAUCAUCCUACCUACAAGUACAUCAGCGAGUUCACACUGGGGAGAGGCCGUUCACAUGCUCAGAAUGUGGGAAAGGAUUCAGUUCAUCAUCUAACCUCAAAGUGCAUCAGCGAGUUCACACUGGGGUGAGGCCGUUCACAUGCUCAGAAUGUGGGAAGGGAUUCACUCAGUCAUCCAACCUACGGAGUCACCAGCGAAUUCACACUGGGGAGAAGCCGUUCAUUUGCUCAGACUGUGGGAAAGGAUUCAGUUCAUUAUCUAACCUUAAGGUGCAUCAGCGAGUUCACACUGGGGAGAGGCCGUUCAUCUGCUCAGAAUGUGGGAAAGGAUUCACUUCAUCAUCUCACCUACUGAAACACCAAUUAGUACACACUGAUGAGAGGCCAUUCACCUGCUUGGACUGUGGGAAAAGAUUCACUCAGUCAUCCCACCUACAAGCACAUCAGCGAGUUCACACUGGG